UGUUCUUCAUUGGCGACGGGCGUGCAUGAUCAAGUUAUCAACAAUGGAGCCUUCGAUGAACAGGUCUUUCCGGUUUCAAUGCUCGGUAGAAGAAAUUACUGAAAGUCACGAUCCGAUCUCCACGGUGAUUUUGCCAUCUCUUGGAGCAAGAAGUAGUCAGAGAGCCAUGCUCAGGAGGUUAAUUAUAUCGCCCUAUGACCCCCGUUACAGGAUAUGGCAAAAUUUUCUCCUUGUUCUGGUCAUCUACACUGCUUGGGUAUCGCCAUUUGAAUUCGGCUUCCUUGAGAAACCACAGAGACCACUCUCCAUUUUUGAUAAUGUUGUCAAUGGAUUCUUUGCUUUGGAUAUCAUUAUUACCUUUUUUGUAGCGUACAUUGAUAGAACACUCUACCUACUCGUUCAUGAUCCAAUGAAGAUAGCAGGGAAAUAUGCACGUUCCUGGUUGGCAUUUGAUGUCAUAUCCACAAUCCCUUCGGAGCUUGCUCAGAUGAUUGCUCCUUCACAUUUCAGGUCAUAUGGCUUAUUGAGCAUGCUUCGCCUUUGGCGUCUCCGUAAUGUUAGUGCCUUUUUUUCCAGAUUGGAAAAAGAUACGGCCUACAGUUACUUUUGCGUUCGAUGUGCAAAACUUAUUUGUGUUCUCCUUUUGGCGGUUCAUUAUGCUGGUUGUUUCUAUUAUUAUCUAGCAGCAAAUUUUCAUGACCCCAAGAGGACAUGGAUUGGAGCGUCAAUGAAUAAUUUCCUUGAACAGAGCUUGUGGCUCCGCUACAUGGCUACUAUAAGAACCGUUGGCUUUGGUGACUUGCACCCUGUGAAUGCAUGGGAGAUACUCUUUGACAUCUUCCAUAUGCUUUUCAAAUUAGGAUUUGCAGCAUAUGUGAUUGAAAAUAUGACAAACUUGGUUGCCCGUGCGUCCAGUCCGACCAAAAAGUUUAGAGAUACCAUCCAAUCUGCCUCUAGUUUUGCCCAGAGGAACCGGCUGCCGGUUCGCUUGCAAGAUCAGAUGUUAUCACAUUUACGUUUGAAGUUUAGAACAGACUCAGAGGGGCUCCAGCAGCAAGAGACCCUUGAUUCCCUUCCUAAAGCCAUCCGUUCAAGCAUUUCUCAUUAUCUUUUCUACUCUCUUGUGGAUAAGGUGUAUCUGUUUCAAGGGGUUUCAAACGACUUGCUUUUUCAGUUGGUAUCAGAGAUGAAAGCUGAGUAUUUUCCUCCAAAGGAAGAUGUGAUCUUGCAGAAUGAGGCACCCACAGACUUCUACAUCCUUGUCAAUGGAGCAGUGGAUCUAUUGGUCCAGAAAUAUGGAGUCGAACAGGUUGUAGGAGAGGCAAAAACUGGUAAUGUCUGUGGAGAGAUUGGAGUACUUUGUUACAGGCCACAACUAUUUACAGUGCGGACCAAAAGAUUGAGCCAGCUACUGCGAGUGAACCGUACCACAUUCUUAAAUAUUGUUCAGUCCAAUGUUGGAGAUGGGAACAUAAUCAUGAAUAACCUGCUUCAGCAUUUGAAAGACCUUAAUGACCCAUUAAUGUCAGAAGUUCUGGUGGAGACUGAGAACAUGCUAGCUCAUGGCAGAAUGGACCUACCUCUUAGUCUAUGCUUUGCAGCUCUAAGGGGGGAUGACUUGUUGUUGCAUCAGUUGUUGAAACGGGGUCUUGAUCCAAAUGAAUCGGACAACAAUGGCAGGAGCGCUCUGCAUAUAGCAGCUUCCAAAGGAAGUGAGAAUUGUGUGCUUCUACUACUUGAUUAUGGAGCAGAUCCUAACAGUAGAGACUCUGACGGGAAUGUGCCACUAUGGGAAGCAGUGCUGGCUGGUCAUGAAUCUGCGAUCAAGGUGCUACUAGACAGUGGUGCAAAUUUACACCGCGGAGACAUUGGUCAAUUUGCAUGCACUGCUGCUGAGCAAAACAACUUGGCAUUGCUCAAGGAAAUAAUUCGUUAUGGAGGAGAUGUCACACUUCCUAAAAACAAUGGAACCACAGCUCUUCAUGUUGCAGUUUGUGAAGGCAACAUUGAAAUAGUCCAAUUCCUUCUGCAUGAAGGCGCUGAUAUUGACAAGCCAGACCCUGAUGGUUGGACCCCAAGGGAUCUUGCCUACCAACAAGGACAUGAAGACAUUAAAAUCCUUUUCCAAUCUGCUAAAGAACCCAGAAUUCCUGAGCGGAAAAAUGGCACUUCUUUCCAUAGGCGAUUUACGAGUGAGCCAGCAAUCCGUCCAUCCCAGGAGGGCUCAUUCACAGGUACAACAGAUGGAUCGUGGAGCCAAUCCCGUCCAAGGCGCAGGGCUAAUAAGUUCCACAACUCACUAUUUGGUAUAAUGUCCUCUGCCCACAAUGGGGAGAAUGACUUUCUAUUCUCUGUUAACAUGAUGAGAAAUGGUAAGGACCGUGGAGAAUCUGGAGAUAACCCUGCUAGAGUGACAAUUAGUUGUCCAGAAAAGGGAGAAGUAGCUGGAAAGCUCAUGCUACUUCCAGGGAGUUUUCAGGAGCUACUUGAGAUAGGUGCUAAGAAAUUCGGGGUCUCACCGAGUAAAGUACUUAGCAAAGAUGGAGCUGAAAUUGAUGAUAUAGAUGUUAUAAGAGAUGGUGAUCAUCUUAUUUUAGUCAGUUAUAUUGGAACUGAAAAAUCUAAUAGCUAAAACUCUCUCGGGCUGUGCUGCGCAUCAGCCGCACAACGUAGCACACCGCCCAAAUUUUUUUUUUUUUUUUUUUUUUUCACUCAUUGCACUAGGUGUGCUCCGGCUUCCAACAGUAGGCUUACAUUUAUAUUUUCUCAAACUCUCAAAUAGAUGAGUUUCUCUUGUACAUCUGUAGACUCCUAUCGUACAGGUUGUACAUUUCAGAGCCUCUUUUAUCUCCAGAUCGUACAUCGGAUCGUACAGAUCAUCAUACCUGAGCCCUUGGAAGUACAAUAUCAUCACCCCCUCAACCAUCAGAAACCCUAAUAUUACACGCAUACACAACCUAUGCAUAGACUAUAGUUAGAGAAGAGAGCGACAUUGGAGGUCCUAACCGUAAUUGCCGAGGCGAUUGGAGAGGCCUUGCAUGUGUUGCUUGGCGAACCAGUUCUUGUUCGGAUUGAGCAAAGAUUGCAACCACGAUGACGACGCCAUUGCCACCACGAUCUGUCUUCAGAAAUGAGACCGAUCUUCUUCAGGCUUAGCCAGUUUAACCUACGACUUGGGCUGGGUUUCGCUGUGUUGGAAAGAAAGGUGUAACUUGGGCUCGGUCUUGAGCUCGCUUUUGUUAUCUUUGCUGGGCCAUGCCCAUUACCCAACAAAUUACGCAAAAUGUGAUAUCAGUGUA